AUGGAUGACAGUAUCAGGGAGACUGGUGCAGAAGCUACUUCUGGAAUCCAGGUGUCUCUGGGGAACGAAUUUGAGGGCAUGGGGAAGGCUCUAUGUGGGACAGAGGGACUUGACCUACUGGAGCUUCUGACAGAGCCCCUGAGCCUGGACUGUGGCCACACCUUCUGCUGAGAUUGCAUCACUGCAAAGAACAGGGACUCCCAAGGAGGGGAGAGCAACUGUCCUGUGUGCCAGUGCAAAUAUCAGCUUCAGAAUCUCUGACCUAACCACCCUCUGGCCGGCAUUGUGGAGAGAGUCAGGGAAAAUAGGAGCCCACAGAAGAAAAAGUUCUGUGAGAAUCAUGGAAAAACACUCUGUGUCUUCUGUAAGGAGCAUGGGAAGGCUGGUUGCCAGCAUACUGCAGUGUCUCAGGAGUAUCACGGUCAUCAUAUAUUCCUCACAGAGAAGGUGGUCAAGGAAUGUCAGGAGAAACUCCAGGCAACUCUGAAGAAGCUGAGGAAGGAGCAGCAGAAAGUAGAAGAGCUUGAAGUUGACAUCAGAGAGGAGAGAGAUUCCUGGAAGAAUCAUAUGCAGACUGAGAGACAAAGGAUUCUGAAAGAGUUUAAUGAAAUGAAAGGCCUCCUGGACAGCAAGGAGAAAAGGGUGUUGCAAAAGCUGGAGGAAGACAAAGUAAAUGUGUUGGAUAACUUGGUAGUGGCCAGAGACCAGCUGGACUGGCAGAGGCAGUACUUGAGAGGGCUCAUCUCACACAUUGAGCAUCAGAUAUGGGGGUCCUCAGAAGACAUGCUGCAGGAUUUGAUUAAUGUCAUGAAAAGGAGUGAGAGCUGGAUUUUGAAGAGGCCAAACAUUGUUUCCAAGAAACCGAAGAGUACAUACCAAAUUCCAGAUCUGAAAGGGACGCUGCAAGUGUUUAAAGAGCUGACAGAAGUUCAACGCUACUGGGUGGACGUGAUGCUGAAGCCAGUCAAUGCUAUUUUGAAUAUUACCAUUUCUGCAGAUAAAAGACAGGUAAAAGGCAUACAAGAUUUCUCUCUUCAAAAUAUACAUCUAUGUAGUCUCUCUCUUUUUGAUGUCUUGGGUUGCCAGCAUUUCUCCGAAGGGAAGUAUUACUGGGAAGUAGAUGUGUCUGAGAAGAUCGCCUGGAUCCUGGGGGUGCACAGUAAAGCAAGAAGCCCCAAGAGAAAGGGGAGUUCUGGGUUUGUUUUUGACCCGAAUGUAUAUCUUCCAGAUGUUUACUCCAGAUACAACCCUCAAUUUGGCUACUGGGUUAUUGGGUUACAGAAUGAAUCUGGUUAUAACGUUUUUGAGGAGUCUUCCACCUUUGAUCCCAAGGUCUUGACUCUUUGCAUGACUGUCCCUCCCCAUAUUGGGGUUUUCCUAGACUAUGAAGCAGGCAUUGUCUCAUUUUUCAAUAUCGCAAACCAUGGGUCACUCAUCUCCGAGUUUUCUAGAUGUCAGUUUUUUCAGACUACUUAUCCAUAUUUUAAUCCUUGGAAUUGUCCAGUCUCCAUCAUCCUGUGCCCACCAAGCUCCUGAACCUCUUGGCACCCCCCUCACUUUUGUGUAGUGCUCCUUGUCCUUGGGGCUCAUCUCCUACACCUGAGCUCAUCUGCACCAUUCUGAAACCUCUUCUUUCUUUUCUCCAUCUUUUAUUUUAGAAUGUCUUUGGAAGAGUCUGCUAGCACUUCUGUAACAAAUUACCACAGAGUGGGUGGCUUAAACAACAGAAAUUUCUUGUCUCACAGUUGUGGAGGCUGGAAGUCUAACACCAAGGUGUCAGCAAAGUUGGCUUUUUUUCUGAGGGCUGUGAGGGAAGGGUCUCUUCCUUGCAUUGUAGGUGGCUGUCUUCUCUCUGUGUAUAUUCAUAUCAUCUUCCCACUGUUGCAUGCCUCUGUGUCUAAAUCUCCCCUUUUCUAAGGACACUAAUCAGAUUGGAGCAAGGCCCAUCCUAAUUACAUCAUUUGACUUAAUCACCCCUGUAAAGACCCUCUCUCCAAAAGAUCACACUCUGAAAUAUUGGGGGUUAGGAUUGUAACACAUGAACUUAAGGGGAACACAAGUCAACUCAACAGUCUUUUGCAUGUCUUUGCCAUGCAGCGAAAGCUUGAACCUUUUUCUACAUAAUAUUUUGUUCUCACUAGGAAAGAAUAUUUUUUUUCUUAUUUGUUUUUGUUUAUUAUGAGGAGAGGAUGCUUAUUUGCAAAGGGAACACAUGUAAUCCUUUCUGUAGAAAGACCAGUAUUGCUGUACCACAUCUGACAUCUCUUUUCCUCAUUCCCGCUGCUGUUUAAUGGAAUUAACAAGGAAAACUUAUCAAUUCUACCCCUAUACAUAGGACUUAGGACAGUGCAUAGGAAUCUGUCAUUUGGUAGUGAAUCCUUCAGAGUGUGUUGCUUUACAGUGGCACCCCUUUAUAUGACGGAGUUAAAGCAGAAGUGCACAAAUAAAAUAUUUACCAAGAGUGGAUUUUUGGUGCUCAGAGUUUCUGAGGUCAAAUCUCAUGUCUUUACUUACAAUUUGUGUAAACUUGAACAAGUUACUUAGCACCUCUUGGUCUCAUUUUCCUAAAAUAAAAAAUUCAUGUGAAAGAUUGUACCUACUUCCUAGGGUCACUUUGAGAAACCAAAUUUUAUUAGAUGUGAAGCACUUAUCUAAGAGUCUUACAUGAAAGAGUAAACAUUUGUUAUUGCUGAAAAAAUAUAAGCUGUAU